AUGGCCACUAUAUCUGCCCCUCAACCCGCUAUCACUCCUGCGAUACCUGGUCGGAAUGACAGCAGUGAUAGUUCUCGUUCCAGCCAGACGAGUACAGAGAAGGUCAAGCUCGCCUCUUCGCUUCACAAGUCGUCGCUACCAAAGCAGCGUAGUAGCCAUGGAGGCCAUACUCAGGUAGACCGCUCUGUCUCGCCCAAGAGGUGGAAGACAUUUAUCAAGGCCUUUAAGCACAUCCACAACUUGACUCCGAAGGAAGUAGAUGAUUUCAUGGCCUCGUAUGAGAUCUACAAUCUGGAUUGGGCCAACGAAGAGGAGAUGAUCAAGGCCUUCGGUCCCAACUACCAACAGCGUGUCGGAGACUGUCUUUGCGCCUACUAUUCGGUGCUCAACCAUCUGUGUAGUCUGGGCGAUGUGGAGAAGAUGUACAUUCCACCUCUGAUGGACAAGAAGGCGUCGGUAUUAGAUAACCAGCUGCUCUACGAGGAGUCUGUCGCAAGGGAUAUCGGGCUGAAGCCAGGGAUGAAGGUCUUGGAUCUUGGAUGCGGCCGCGGACGUGUAGCUGCGCACAUGACAAGCUUCAGCGGAGCCCAGGUGACUGGCCUGAACAUCGAUGCGAAUCAGAUCGCGCAGGCAAGGGAGUGGAACGAUCGGUGCGGUUUUGAGAACGAGUUUGUUGUUCACGACCAGAAUAACUUACCCUUACCUUUUGCGGACGAAUCAUUCGAUGCUUUCUAUGAGAUCCAGGCGCUCAGCUUAUGCAAAGACCCCUCGGCCACUUUCAAAGAGAUCUACCGCGUGCUGAAACCCGGCGCCAAGUUUUCGCUGCUGGAUUGGGUCAGCCUGCCGCCGUACAACCCGGAAGAUCCUGUGCACGCGGGCCUCAUGCGUCGCGUCAAGCCCCUGAUCGGCGCUGUGGGCACGCCGACGCCGGCGAGUUUCGAGAAGGCCCUCACAGACGCCGGAUUCACCGUCACGAGAUCGGACAACCCCAGCAUAGACGGCCUGCAGGCUCCGCUCAUCGACAGGGUCGACAUAUACUUCCGCUCCGUCAGGCGCGUCAUUCACGGCCUCGUCCGCGUGCACGCCCUGCCGCCUCACUUCAAGAUCCUCAUCGACAGGUUAUGUCUUGACGGACAGGCCUUCGUGAAGAUGGAUAACAUGCGUUUGAUCACUACGACAUAUCGUAUCAUCGCGGAAAAACCGUCAGUAUGA